AUGACAGAGGUACGCACCCGAGCGAGAGACUACAUCAUAGAAGAAGAAGACGACGCAUGUAAGAGGAAACGGUUGAAGGCGGCAAAGGUGUCGCUAGUGAGGAAACAGAUACAGGACAAGGAAGCAAGUAAUGUGCUGAAGGUUAAGGAAGUUGGCCAAUUAAUUAAGGAAUUCAAGGGAAAGCCACUCUAUUCGAGAAAAGAUAGCAUGGAGCGCAAGCACUCUCGGCAGGCAACUAACUUUCGCCGACGAAAGAGGCCAAAGGGGAACACGGGCGAUGAAUCGGCAAAGUCACUCCUGGAGGCGAAGGUUGCGGAAACAGGCGAGGAUGGCGAGUACGGAAUUGACCCCUGGCACGACGUCAAGGGUAGGUCCAAGUGGUGUGAAUAUCACAACCUGGGGGGCCAUAAAACCAGUAACUGUUUAUCUCUGAAGGGCCAAGUUAGGCAGUUGAUCAGGGCGAGGCAACCACGGGUUGCAGGACAUGGGUUGGACAAGGACAGCAUGAAGCGAGCGCCAAAUGCAGUGAAAACUCACUCACUCUCUCAGAGGAAGAGGCAAUACAGUGCAGAGAAACCAGUGAAAACUCACUCACAUCUUCAUCUACCCAAAUUCAUCUCACCAUCUCACCAUUCUACCCUAAACCCAGCCACCUGCGAGGCUGCAACCUCAACCCCAACACCCACCACCUGCAACCUCACCCUCACCCCCAAACACCAACCCGCUGCAACCUCACCCUCACCCACCUGCAACCUCACCCUCCCCCAAAUCCCAACCCGUUGCAACCUCACCCUCACCCACUUGCAACCUCACCUCCACCCUCAAACCCCAACCUGCAACCUCACCCUCACCCUCACUCGCACCCUCCAAAUCUCACCCUCACCCGCAGCCCUCAACCCCAACACCCACCCACCUGCAACCUCACCCUCACUCACACCUCCACCCCCAACCCCGCAACCUGCAACCUGCAACCUCACCCCCUCACCCCAACCCGAAACCCAACCCCCAUCACGAAAAAGAGAAAGAGAGAAAGAGGAGAUCUGA